GGGCCGGCUGGGCCCGGGCCGCGGACGAGAUGGCGGAAGGCGGAGGCUGCCGUGAGCGACCGGAUGCCGAGACCCAGAAGUCCGAGCUCGGAGCCUUAAUGAGGACCACGCUCCAAAGGGGGGCGCAGUGGUAUCUUAUCGACAGUCGGUGGUUCAAGCAAUGGAAGAAGUACGUGGGCUUCGAUAGCUGGGAUGUGUAUAAUGUGGGCGAGCAUAACCUGUUUCCAGGCCCGAUAGACAACUCUGGACUCUUCUCAGAUCCUGAGAGCCAGACCUUGAAGGAACACUUAAUUGAUGAGUUAGACUAUGUGUUGGUUCCAACUGAGGCCUGGAAUAAAUUACUGAACUGGUAUGGCUGUGUUGAAGGUCAGCAGCCCAUUGUCAGAAAAGUUGUGGAGCAUGGCCUGUUUGUCAAGCACUGCAAAGUGGAGGUGUACUUGCUGGAACUGAAGUUGUGUGAAAACAGUGACCCCACCAAUGUGCUCAGCUGCCAUUUCAGCAAGGCAGACACCAUUGCAACCAUUGAGAAGGAGAUGCGAAAGCUGUUCAACAUCCCUGCGGAGCGUGAAACUCGACUCUGGAACAAGUACAUGAGCAACACGUAUGAGCAGUUGAGCAAGCUGGACAAUACGGUCCAGGAUGCCGGCCUCUACCAGGGUCAGGUGCUAGUCAUUGAACCCCAGAAUGAAGAUGGCACGUGGCCCAGGCAGACCCUGCAAUCCAAAUCAAGCACUGCACCUAGCAGAAAUUUUACUACCUCUCCAAAAUCAUCAGCAAGUCCCUAUUCCUCAAUGUCUGCCUCUCCCAUUGCAAAUGGUGAUAGCACUAACACCUCUGGGAUGCACGGUUCCGGUGUCAGCAGGGGUGGCUCUGGCUUUUCAGCUUCCUACAACUGCCAGGAGCCUCCAUCAUCUCACAUCCAGCCUGGCCUCUGUGGACUUGGGAACCUGGGGAACACCUGCUUUAUGAACUCCGCUCUGCAGUGCCUAAGCAACACUGCCCCGCUGACUGACUACUUUCUCAAAGAUGAAUACGAGGCUGAAAUCAACAGAGACAACCCUCUUGGGAUGAAAGGGGAGAUUGCAGAGGCCUAUGCAGAGCUCAUUAAGCAGAUGUGGUCGGGGAGGGACACUCAUGUGGCACCUCGCAUGUUCAAAACCCAAGUGGGACGCUUUGCUCCUCAGUUUUCUGGUUACCAGCAACAAGACUCUCAGGAGCUGUUAGCCUUUCUCCUGGAUGGCUUACACGAAGAUCUCAACCGAGUGAAGAAGAAGCCCUACUUGGAGCUCAGGGAUGCCAAUGGGCGACCCGAUGCGGUAGUGGCAAAGGAAGCCUGGGAGAAUCACAGGUUGCGGAAUGAUUCCGUGAUUGUGGACACUUUCCAUGGGCUCUUCAAAUCUACCUUGGUUUGCCCAGAAUGUGCUAAGGUUUCUGUGACUUUUGAUCCAUUUUGUUAUCUCACUCUCCCACUGCCCUUGAAGAAAGACCGAGUCAUGGAGGUCUUCCUGGUGCCUGCUGACCCUCGCUGCAGGCCUACCCAGUACCGGGUGACUGUCCCACUGAUGGGGGCCGUAUCAGACCUGUGCGACGCACUCUCCAGGCUGUCUGGCAUUGCUGCAGAAAACAUGGUGGUCACAGAUGUGUAUAAUCACCGGUUCCACAAAAUUUUCCAAAUGGAUGAAGGUUUAAAUCAUAUCAUGCCUCGAGAUGACAUUUUUGUGUAUGAGGUCUGUGGCACCUCUGUGGAUGGUGUGGAGCGGGUCACGCUUCCUAUCUACUUCAGGGAAAGGAAGUCCAGGCCGUCAAGCACAUCCUCCGGGGUGGUGCUGUAUGGGCAGCCACUGCUGGUUUCUGUCCCUAAGCACAAGCUCACCCUCGACUCUCUGUACCAGGCCGUUUGUGAUCGGAUCAGCCGCUAUGUAAAACACCCUUUGCCUGAUGAAUCUGGCAGCUCACUCUUGGAGCCAGGGGCCUGCAAUGGCUCCAGGGACAACUGUGAAGGAGAAGAGGAGGAAAUGGAACAUCAAGAAGAAGGCAAAGAACAGCUCUCUGAGGCAGAAGGCAGUGGGGAGGACGAGCUGGGCAGCGAGCCCUGUGAGAGCAGGCCACAGAAGGCCCCCGGCCAGGCCUGCCCCAAGAGGCUCUUCACCUUCAGUCUGGUGAACUCCUACGGAACAGCGGACAUCAAUUCCCUUGCGACUGACGGGAAGCUGCUUAAACUCAACUCUCGAUCUACUCUGGCCAUCGAUUGGGACAGUGAGACGCGAAACCUUUACUAUGAUGAGCAGGAGUCUGAGGCCUUUGAGAAGCACGUGAGCAUGCUGCAGCCACAGAAAAAGAAGAAGACCUCCGUGGCCCUGAGAGACUGCAUUGAGCUCUUCACCACCAUGGAGACCCUCGGGGAGCACGACCCCUGGUACUGCCCCAAUUGCAAGAAGCACCAGCAGGCCACCAAGAAAUUUGACCUCUGGUCCUUGCCCAAGAUUCUGGUGGUCCACCUCAAGCGCUUCUCCUACAGCCGAUACUGGAGGGAUAAGCUGGACACAGCCGUGGAGUUCCCAGUCAGGGCGCUGAACAUGUCAGAGUUUGUCUGCGACCUGUCAGCAAGGCCUUACGUGUAUGAUCUCAUCGCCGUGUCCAAUCACUAUGGCGCCAUGGGCGUUGGCCACUACACUGCGUAUGCGAAGAACAAGCUGAAUGGCAAGUGGUACUACUUCGAUGAUAGCAACGUGUCACCAGCCUCUGAGGAGCAGAUUGUGACAAAGGCUGCCUACGUGUUGUUCUACCAGCGCCGAGAUGAUGAAGUCUGUAAUACUCCUUCGCAAGCCGCUUUUCCUGGCUGCUCCGAGGGGGACGCGCGACCCAGUGGCUCACAGCAGGUCUCGGGAGAGGAGGAGACCUGCAGCAUGGAUACCAACUGAGGCCCGCUUGGCUGCUGGCCACCCAUCUCACGGGGUGGCCUCCCCAGGGACAUCUGGGAUCCUCUGGAGACUACCAGUGUUCAGCCAAAAACAAGAUGAGGAAAAACCCUUUUAUGAGCAGCAGAAAAAAAAAAAAGACCCUGUUUGCUCCAAAGGGCUAUGGCAAGAGGCUGGAUUAUUUUCUUUAUGAGCAGGUGGUGAGAGACCUUGGGUCUGAAACCUCGGAACUGCACAGAGUGGCGGGCAGGGGGCAAGAGCAGGGGGGAAUCCCCAGAGGCCUGCUGGGUGCCUGGGGAGCAGAGGAGCCCCCUUGGGCCACCUGGACCCAUCACCACCUGUGGUCUCCCCCCAGGACCCCAACUUCAAGUAAACGUCUCUCUUGCCGUGUG